GGCUCCCCCACGCGGAGCUGCUCAGUAGUUGCACGCGCUGGUCACGUGGCAGCAAUAUCACGCCUCCUCCUCAUACGUCAUCAGCAGCUAGCAGCAGAUAGCAGCAGCAGCAGCAGCAGUAGCAGCGAUAAUGCUUUUCUACUCGUUCUUCAAGUCGCUGGUGGGGAAGGAUGUGGUGGUGGAGCUCAAAAACGACCUGAGCAUCUGUGGAACACUUCAUUCUGUUGACCAGUACCUGAACAUUAAGCUCACAGACAUCAGUGUCACUGAUCCAGAGAAAUAUCCACACAUGCUGUCUGUGAAAAACUGUUUCAUCCGUGGAUCUGUGGUCCGGUAUGUUCAGCUACCAGCAGACGAGGUGGACACGCAGCUCCUGCAAGACGCUGCACGAAAAGAAGCGAUGCAGCAGAAGCAGUGAUUGGCCUGCGGGAUGGGGGGGGCGGGGUUUUUGUAAUAAUGCGUAGUUUUGAGUUCUGAGUUGUUGAUGAUUUUCCUGUACUUUGACAGAGAGAAUUUAAUUGCAUUCCUGACAUUGGUGAUUGAUAAUUUGCAAAGUAAGUAAUUACUGGAAAUGGUCUUCACCUCUCAGGCCGCGUCGACGGCUUCAUUUGAUAUACUGUCUUUUUUUGUUUUGUUCAAAGGAAAUGCAACUAAAUACAAUUAUGAGCCCGGUAGAGGUAAAGAUCUGUUCUAGUGUUUCUGUUGCAUAAUACAAGCACUGUUGCUUAUCUUAAAAAAAAAAAAAAAAAAAAA